AACAAUGGAUCUGAAUUUCUCAACGGUUCGAGAUGGAAAGGAGCUGCUACCAGAGAGAGACUCGUCCAAACGUGUGCUAACAGGAUGCUUCCUCUCCCUCCUCAUUUUCACCACGCUGCUAGGCAACACGCUUGUGUGCGUUGCCGUCACCAAGUUCCGACACCUGAGGUCGAAGGUCACCAACUUCUUUGUUAUCUCGCUGGCCAUCUCUGACCUUCUGGUAGCUAUCUUGGUAAUGCCCUGGAAGGCGGCGACCGAGAUCGUGGGGUUUUGGCCAUUUGGCGCGUUCUGCAACGUUUGGGUGGCGUUUGACAUCAUGUGCUCCACUGCCUCCAUCUUGAACCUAUGUGUGAUUAGUGUAGACCGUUACUGGGCCAUCUCGAGCCCUUUCCGCUAUGAACGCAAGAUGACCCCUAAAGUGGCAUGUCUGAUGAUCAGUGUGGCGUGGACCCUGUCAGUCCUGAUCUCCUUCAUUCCUGUUCAGCUUAACUGGCACAAAGCUCAGACCACCAGCUAUGCAGAGCUAAAUGGAACAUACCCAGGCGAUCUGCCCCCUGACAACUGCGACUCCAGCCUUAACAGGACCUACGCCAUCUCCUCCUCCCUUAUCAGCUUCUACAUCCCCGUGGCUAUUAUGAUAGUCACCUACACCCGGAUCUACCGCAUCGCCCAGAAACAGAUACGGAGAAUAUCUGCACUGGAGCGGGCAGCAGAGAGUGCCAAAAACCGUCACAGCAGCAUGGGGAAUAGUUCGAGCAUAGAGUGUGAGAGCUCAUUCAAAAUGUCGUUCAAACGAGAAACCAAAGUCUUAAAGACGCUUUCAGUCAUCAUGGGAGUGUUUGUGUGCUGCUGGUUGCCCUUCUUUAUCCUUAACUGCAUGGUUCCGUUCUGUGAGCCGAACUUGCCGGACGGUGCCACGGACUUCCCCUGCAUCAGCUCCACCACCUUCGAUGUGUUUGUGUGGUUUGGCUGGGCGAACUCCUCGCUCAACCCCAUCAUCUAUGCCUUCAACGCCGACUUCCGCAAGGCCUUCUCCAUCCUCCUGGGCUGCCACCGGCUCUGCCCGGGGAGCAACGCCAUCGAGAUCGUCAGUAUUAACAACAACAUGGGCGCACCUUCCACGAACCCCAACUGUCAGUAUCAGCCCAAGAGUCACAUCCCAAAGGAGGGCAACCAUUCGGCCAACUAUGUGAUCCCCCACAGCAUCCUGUGUCAGGAGGAAGAGUUACAGAAGAAGGAUGGAUGUGGAGGGGAGAUCGAGGUGGGCAUGGUAAACAACGCCCUGGAGAAGCUCUCUCCAGCCAUCUCUGGGAAUUUAGACAGCGAUACUGAGGUCACCCUGGAAAAGAUCAAUCCCAUCACACAGAACGGACAGCAUAAAACCGUGUCAUGUUGAGAAAAGGCAAAGAUGGAUCGGAGUACACCGAGGCAUGUAUGUAUGCACAAAGGAGAGAAAAGGAGCAGGAAGACAGCAACAGAAAGAAAAGAGACAGAUCUCUUUAAGAACAUGCAUGGCAGGGAAACAGUGAGUGGGAUUUACAGGACCUUAAGACUGUCAACAAAAACCUACAUGGAAAACCUACAGAAUGUUUUAAAGUAAAGGCACUUUAUCCUGGAUAUAACUAUCUGCAAAAUACUCUCAGCAUUUAUUGAUGAAAUUGACGCAUUUGAUGAUAAAUGUUGAUAAUGUGAACAUUAAAGCAGAACACUAGCUAUGUGCACAUGUAUACAUUUUUCUUUUUUUUACAUUUACAAAGAUGUAUACAUCUGCAUGUGUAUACUGUACAGUAGUGACACAAUCAUGGAAGGACUUAAACACAGUAUAUACAGUGGAGGAAGAUGUAGUAACUGUUAGCAAAAUGUCUUGUAGGUAGGUGCUUUGUAUGUGUUUCAUGGAAGAGAGAAAUCAGUCAAAUUGGAUAUUGGUUUUGAUUCAGUAUAAUUAGUUGUUUAUUGCAGUUAUUUCUCUUCAGUACAUUUUCUAAUGACUAUUUUAUUGCAAAAUCAAAACAUCUGUAUUGCAGUGGUAAUUUCUUUGAGUUAAAACUGCUUCAGACACCAAAGGAACAAUAUUCUGAUUCAAUCUCAAACAGGCAGGGGGCAGAUAAUGGAGUUCAAUACCGUAAGCCAAGUUGUCAUAUAUUUAUAAAUAUUUAAUUUUUACACCUCCCAACCCAUGUUAUCUUGCAGUGUCUAGAGUUGACAAAAGUCACUCCUGUGGUCUACUUUCCUUCCUUCCUAUUCUGGUCCAUUCUCAGUCUUACCCACCUGGGACAGAUCAGACUCGCUCACCUGAACUUUCCCCCAGUUCAUCUUGCUCCCUGUUUUCAUUAGCUUCUCUCCCCUCUCUGCUGCUCUUCAGCGAGCCCUCUCUAGAGCCCUACAGUCUCCUUUCCUUUCCAUUUUUCUGCUCCUAUUUCCUCAGUCAGCAAAGUCCCUUCCUCCCUUAGAACUGCUUUUAUUUCUUCAGCUUUGUCACCCUCUUCUCUCUUCCGUCCUCCCUCAGCCAGCAUGGUCCUUUACACCUGCACAAUGCCUUACUUUUAUGUGUUUCUGUCUGCCUCCUCUUAACCGUCUCCUCUUGCAGCCCUCCAUUUAAUGACCAAUCAUUCAAUAUUUUGGCAAAUGUCAUCAGUCCAUAGUUUCAAAAAGAAAGUAUCUGUAAACUAAAACUCCCGCACUCGGACAGAGGAGGCAGCAGCAGCAGCAGCAGUAGCAGAGUUCACUCAGCUGUAAUGCAAUUGACACUUAGUGACCUUUUGCAAACUUGCAGAUAUCUGAUUUUCUAAAUUGCUCAUGUUGGGAGCCAUGCUGUGCUGUAGUGGCGAUGUGGAGCAUGCAGUGUGACAGUCGCUCUGUUUGCAGGGGUGGAGUCCAGGCCACGCCACCACCAUGAGGUUUACCUGCAAGAUAUGAAACAUAUUUUCAUUCCCAGUCAUUUGUUUUUGCACUGUGUAAUUUUAUACAAUUAUAAUUUAAGUUUUGAAGUUAGUUAGUCAGAAUAAAGUAUUUUAAUAUAUUUUUACAUACAGUUUUACAUUCAAGGUUGAGUUUGAGUUUAAAGUGAGACUAUGUAACAUCUGCCUAACAUUGGUCAGUGUGGCGACAGUUGACAAGUAUUGUAUGUGAGGAAACACAGGAGCAGUUCGAGUAGAGUCAUCUGUGACAGUAGUGACCGUUAUGAAGCUAAAUCAAUCUAGAGUUGGAAAAUAUGUGUUAUCAUUAGCCACAAUAAGCUUCUGGUCAAUCCAGACCAAGUUAUGCUAUAGCAGCAAAGCCCCUGGGUUUAUUUGAUUGGGCAAUGUUGUUGCUUAUGAAUUCAAUUUUUCAUUUGUAAGAGGAACAUUGUAAAGUAACAAACAUAAGGACAGGGAACAAACGAAUAUGAAUGUAGACAUUUGGGGGGAAAAGCCCAAUGGCCUGUUUUCUCUACCGUCAUUUAAGUGUCAAAAAUAUGUGUAGUUCAUUGUUCUGUUUUUAUAGAUGGAAUGACAUUCAUUUUCAGAGUUUGAAUAAAUGCAAAGUUUAUGCGUGGCACACAUAGUUAUUCGAUAUUAUUAGCUCUCUAGUCGAAGCCUGUACAGCUAGUUUUCUGUAGUGUUUAGUGUUGCAGGGGAAAGAAUGAUCCACGGCAUGAUUUCGGACACUGUAUGCUGUGCGUAUCCAUGAAGGCGUGAAUCUGUUGCACAUCAGAGAAAGGAAGAGCUGAUCCAAUAGAAAGCAAUUGGUCUUGAACGAAGCAUUUGAUUUUCCUGUUCUGGAAAAUCCAAUGCUAUCUAGAUGGGGGGGCUUUUAGUUCAAUAUGUGACUUGGCUUGUGACACAAAAAGCAACUCAUUGUCCUCUCUGCUAGCUGCUGCUCCAUCACUUUAAAACAUUUAUGAACUGGAAUUUGGAUUAGCGAUUUUUUUAUUAUGAAUUAAUUGAAUUUCCAGAGUGAUUUCAAUUCUAUUUCAAUAUACUACAAUGUUCCCCUUUUGCUCCUAUGCCUUUUUUUUGUAUUAUUCUCAACCAUAUCAGCUCAGUGACCUUCCCUCUUCUCUCUUCAUCAGUUCCUCUUAAUUUACUCCCUAAUUAUUUCCAAACACAAGCCAGCUCAAACAUGCGAUUAAAAAAAUGAACUGCACAUAAUCUGUAAGGAUUUGACAUAGAGGGGAACUGCCUUGGAGAACAUUUGGUCCCCCCCCCCCCCCUCCACCUCCACCCCCACCAUCUACCCUCCUUUUCCUCCAUCUCUUUUUCUUUUCUCUUGGCUGCCUCUGUCGACUUGAUAAGCGUUCCCGAUGUUAACACAGAUUGAAUUUAUUAUUAAACGGACAGGGCCUACUGUUUCCCUUCUGUAGUUUGAGUCAAAGCACUGAAUCAAAGCUCCACCUAGCUGUUUUAUUAUUAUUAUAAUUAUUAUAUUAUAUUAUUGCUGUUGCCAAAAUUCCUAUUUUUGGCUGAAUGUGGCUGUACUGUAGCUUAUGCUGUGAUUUAACCAGUGUUUUAUAAGCUGACAUUUGGGUAUUCUUAAUGAUAUAGAGAUUAAUCUGCCAUUUGUUGUGACAUCAUUGGCAUUUACAGGUUUACCAGAUGUUUUUCGUAUCUGCUGUAUGUACACAUUUAUAGAAACAUACCUCCAGCUGUGGGUUGAAAUGAACUCUGCUGUAUUUUGGCUCCAUGUUACCCCCCCCCUGAGCCCUCACCUUGUCAACUCGGUGAGUCAUCUCUCCUGAUGCCACUGCUUUGAUUUUGGAGAAGGGCCAUGUCAGGCAACAGUCCCAUAAGCGAAAUGUUUUGUUUGAUCCAAAGCAUUUCCUCCAGGCUGCCCUAGAUGUUGCUUUGGGGAGCUAUGGUGACAGUACACGGUCUCUCAAUCAGUGUAGUUACAUGAUGUAUGACAAUUUAAGCAAAUCUGACGGUGCAGAAUCCCUCCAUCUCCCUCCAAAGGCGGGCCAAGGGACGCAGCAGAUGUAGGGCCGACAACACUCCCAGGCCCUGGGAAUGUGGUGAUGAUAUUUCAGCUUACUCAAACUGUCUAGGAUAAUGACGGAGUCCCUACCUCGACAAAGCUUCAUGUACAACAUUUAAUUGCAGUAUUAUAGGGUUGGGGCGUGCAGGGAUAGAGUAUUGUACAAUGAUGUUCAAAAUGUAGUUGUGAUGAACACAAGUGCUUUUUAUCUUAAAAAAUCCUUAAUGUGUGUAGCAAAUUUACAUGCUGUAUGUUUUCUCCAGUGUGGGAUUAUAAUUUACGGUAAAAUGCAGCAGUCACUGACUAUUUAUAUAUUUAUUUAUUUACAUGUUUCUGGUGUUCAUUCAUGAACGUGAUGUCAAAGAUUAUAACCCUCCGAAUAAUUACAGUAUUUAGUUUACAGUUUGUACAAAAAAAAAUGUGCCCUUCUUGUAAAAUAAACAUGUAUGUAUUAUUUUUCAUCUGCG